GGAAAAACAGAAUUGCGUUCUUAUAUUUACUCCGCCAAACAGCCAGAAAUUCUCUCUUUGACUCCGCUUACUCCGACGGGACCACAUUCCGAUUUCGUCGCCUUCCGUCGUCAAUCUACCAAUUUGACGGCCGGGAACCGCCACUAAUCAGCGUCAGUGUCAUACCUUUCUUCACCGGUUGAAAACAGAUAAGCGUUAAGCAUCAUACUUUCCCCCAUUUAUAGUUCAAGGUCAAACGGCUGUUGAAAUCUUCCAAGAUAUCUCAAAGGUGUUCAACUCAAACGGAUUAUUGGCGCGGUUUGUAGAUCUGGUGGGCGGAGUUGGCGAUUUAUAGGGUUUGAAAGGACGAUUUUCGUUUCUCUGACAGCGACGUGAAGGGAAUUUCGUAUGCUUUGAGGGUUUGAACUUAGAUGUGAAGUGAAAGGUUGAUGGUAGUGUACGAAAGACCAAGCCUGCUCGCCAUUGAUGAUGACCGGAGAUUACAGUGACGUCUGGUGGUGGGCCGGUGAAUCUGUCACAUGGAAUGGCAGAUCUUGUUAGCUACGGUAACGCAGACCGUGACACCGAGCAGACCUUAAUUGCUCUGAAGAAGGGCGCUCAGUUACUUAAAUAUGGUCGUAAAGGGAAGCCCAAAUUUUGUCCUUUUAGACUUUCUCAUGAUGAAUCAUCUUUAAUUUGGAUUUCCACAAGUGGUGAAAGGAAUCUAAAAUUAUCUUUAGUCUCAAGAAUUGUCCCUGGACAACGAACUGCUGUUUUCAGACGCUACCUACGCCCCGAAAAAGACUAUCUUUCAUUUUCUCUCAUAUACAACAACGGAAAACGAUCUCUUGAUUUGAUUUGUAAGGAUAAAGUAGAAGCUGAAGUGUGGAUAGCUGGCCUCAAAGCAUUGAUUUCUGGACAAGGAGGUCGUUCCAAAAUUGAUGGAUGGAGUGAAGGAGGUCUCAACAUUGAAGAAAAUAAAGAUUCAACAUCAAACAGUGCAAGUGACAAUUCCAUCAGUGCUCCACCAGAUUUAAGCUCCCCAGACGCAUCAUUCGGCUCUAAUUCCAACACUUCUCCCAUGAAUUAUCAAAAUCCUUCUACUUUCGAAAAGUCAACCACAAUGUUUGACCAAACAAACAUCCAAGUCAAAGGAUUCGGGUCGGAUGCUUUUCGGGUCAGUGUCUCAAGUGCUCCAAGCACAUCCAGUCACGGGUCAGCCCAAGAUGACUAUGAUGCUUUGGGUGACGUGUACAUUUGGGGCGAAGUAAUAUGCGAUAAUAAUAACAUCAUCAAAUUAGGCCCCGAUAAAAACCCUAAUUCUUCAACCACUCGAGCAGAUGUCCUCUUACCCCGACCCUUAGAAUCCAACCUAGUCCUAGAUGUAAACCAUAUAUCAUGUGGGGUCCGCCACGCUGCCCUUGUCACCCGCCAAGGCGAAGUUUUCACAUGGGGCGAAGAAUCGGGCGGGCGGCUCGGGCACGGGUUCCAAAAAGACGUGACACAACCGCGUUUACUCGAAUCACUAUCCGUUUCCAACAUCGAUUUUGUCGCGUGCGGCGAGUUCCACACGUGCGCGGUUACAAUGUCGGGCGAGCUUUACACGUGGGGAGACGGGACCCACAACGCCGGGCUACUCGGGCACGGGACAAACGUGAGCCAUUGGAUCCCGAAACGAAUCGGUCACCCUCUCGAAGGGCUUAAAAUCGCGUCGGUUACCUGCGGGCCGUGGCACACCGCUUUGAUUACCUCCACCGGGCAGCUGUUCACCUUCGGUGACGGGACAUUCGGUGUUCUCGGUCACGGUGACCGAGAACACGUCCCCUGCCCGAGAGAGGUCGAAUCGUUAUUAGGGUUACGAACUAUCGCGGUCGCGUGUGGCGUAUGGCACACCGCCGCGGUAGUCGAAGUAAUCGUGACACGGUCGAGCACCGGGGUUUCCUCCGGGAAACUCUUCACAUGGGGCGACGGGGAUAAAAACCGGUUAGGUCACGGUGACCGAGAACCGCGUCUUAAACCGACAUGUGUCCCAUCGUUAAUCGAUUACAAUUUCCACAAAGUCGCAUGUGGACAUAGUUUGACCGUAGGGUUGACCACCUCCCGUCACGUUUUCACAAUGGGGAGCACAGUCUACGGGCAGCUCGGGAACCCUCAAUGUGACGGAAAGCUCCCGUGUUUAGUAGAAGACAAACUAUCCGGUGAGCCCGUUGACGAAAUCGCGUGUGGGGCCUACCAUGUUGCGGUUUUAACUUCCCGAAAUGAAGUCUACACAUGGGGAAAAGGGGCGAACGGGCGGUUAGGGCACGGAGACAUCGAAGACCGAAAAACCCCGACUUUAGUCGAAUCGUUAAAAGACCGACACGUGAAGUUUAUAUCUUGCGGGUCGAAUUACACUGCUUCCAUUUGUCUACACAAAUGGGUUUCGGGGACCGAGCAGUCGCAGUGUUCAUCGUGUAGACAAGCGUUCGGGUUCACUAGAAAGCGACAUAAUUGCUAUAACUGCGGGCUCGUUCAUUGCCAUUCGUGUAGCUCGAGAAAAGCGUUACGCGCCGCUUUAGCACCGAACCCGAGCAAACCGCAUCGCGUGUGCGAUUCGUGUUUUGUUAAAUUGAGUAAAAUGGCGGAAGCGGGCGUAGGGAGUAGACGAAAUGUGAUGCCACGGUUGUCGGGGGAUAACAAGGAUAGAUUGGAUAAAUCGGAUAUGAGAUUAGCAAAGUCGGGGUUGCCUUCGAAUCAUGAUUUGAUUAAGUUGUUGGAUACUAAAGCGGCCCGCCAAGGGAGAAAGGCGGAGGCGUUUCCGGUAGGGCGGUCUUCUCAGGCGGGUGGUGGUGGCGGUGGGGAUUUCCGGUAUGCGGUUCCGAGGCCGAUUGUGACUCAGUCGGGUGUUAAUUCGAGGGCGGUUUCACCGUUCUCGAGGAAAUCGAGUCCUCCGAGAUCGGCGACACCGGUUCCUACUACAUCGGGGCUUUCUUUCUCGAAAAAUGUGGCGGAUAGUUUGAAGAGGACUAAUGAUUUGUUGAAUCAAGAAGUUCUUAAAUUACGUGGGCAGGUUGAUAGCCUCAGACAUCAAUGUGAAAUUCAAGAAGCAGAACUUCAAAAAUCAAGAAAACAAUCUCAGGAAGCAAUGGUAUUGGCUGCGGAGGAAUCUGCUAAAUGUAAUGCUGCUAAAGACGUGAUAAAGUCUCUUACAUCACAGCUUAAAGAUAUGGCAGAGAGAUUGCCACCUGGAUCCUAUGACCUUGACAACAUUAAGUUACCAAAUGGUCUGGACUCGAAUUCCAUGCUUCACAAUUCUGAUACAAGUGGAGAAAAUCAAUUAAUAACUCCAAUGGACAUGUCAUCUUCUAUAAAUGAAACAUCGGGACCCACUGAAACAUUCGCUGGAUUCACUGAAUCUAUACGGACAUCUAACGGGAAUGAUGGCGAUUCGGAUGCCAGAUCUCUUAAUGGCACCACAGGGGCAGUUGUGGAAAUGGGGAACAAAUAUUUGCCGGAUCAUGCGCCUCCUUCUAAAGAAGCAGAAAAUAACGGCUUCAAAUCUAGAAAUCCAGCUUCCAAUAGUAACAAUAACAACCACAACAACAACAACAACAACAAUAAUAAUAAUAAUACCUAUAAUGCCACUGAUCAAGUUGAGGCCGAAUGGAUCGAGCAAUAUGAGCCUGGUGUGUACAUUACACUUGUAGCUCUACGUGAUGGGACCCGUGAUCUCAAAAGAGUCCGCUUCAGUCGUAGGAGAUUUGGGGAGCACCAAGCGGAGACAUGGUGGUCGGAAAACCGUGAAAAGGUUUAUGAGAGAUAUAAUGUGCGAGGUGGGUCGGAUAAGUCAUCAGUAUCUGCUGCCCAGACUGCCCGAAGGUCAGGGGAAUCUCUAGGUACACCAAGCCAGUACUAAAAUGCUAUUUACCAACAGAGAUGGUUCUUUUCCAUGGCUCCUUUUUUUUUUUUUUUCCCUUUUUUUUACUCAGAUAUUAAUUUUUGGUUUACCUUUUUUAUUGUG